GCGCGGUAAACGGAGCUCGGGGAAUCGGCGCUCUUUGCUCUCGCCUCGCUCUUGCACAUUUGGGUUCUCUGCCAAGGUUCAGCCUGCGCAGGAACAAUUCAUUUGAUUCUCCCAAUCUACUUCAUCCCUCCCUUUCGCGUUGCCGUUGCCCGUGCCAUUCCAUGUGUGCAACGACGACCUGUGUUUCCUACGGACGGUCGUUGUGUGUCAGCGGCAUUCGCGUCUGGCGUCUGGCGUUUUGAUUGUCUAUCCUUGCCCGUGGUUUCAUAGCCGCACCCAGGUCCUCCUGUCUUGAAUGGGGGUCCUUGGGACGGCCAUCUUGACAGAUUAUUUGACCGGUGUCUACUUGACUGUUUGCACCCCGUCUAUCAACCGACGCCAUUCCAUUUCUUUCCAUCGCCUCUGACACAACCUAGUCAGGGUCCGGAAAUCCUCUCUGCAAUCAUGGCCUCCGACACAAAGCGCCAGAACUCUGGUGCGCGAGUGGCGGUUGCGCUUCCGAAGGCCGAUGCGGCUGCUACAGGAAGCCAGACUGUCUCUCUCGACAUUGCGCUCCAACAAGCUGUUGGAAGCCGCGUCCGCUUGAAUCUCGUGGCUACCGGCCAACCUGCAGUCACUGGUGUGGUCUUCACUGCCGACCCUUUGACCAAUCUACUGGUCCUGAAUACCGUCUCAACCUCAUCUACCGUUAUCACCGCAUCAUCUCUCGCUGCUCCCUCCGGCACCUACAGAAUCAUCCCCAUCUCGCAGAUUUCCAGCUUCCAGGUCCUGUCACUACCUCCACCGAACCCAGAACCGACGAAUCCAGCUUUAAAUGCCAUCGACACAAAUGCCACACAAGCCCGUUUAGCUAAGAGCAUCGCGGCUAAGCAGGCUGCUCAGGCUCGAUUGGGCCCCAAGGGAACCACACCAACAGACCAAGCACUCUUCGAAGCCUUGUCAAGAACAAUGCCAGCGACGUGGUCAGGCAGUGGCAUGCUCAUCUCCGACACUUAUUUGAUCGAGAAACCAUAUGAUGCAGCCAACGUCAGAUUCGUAGAGGGUCGCCACGGCGAUCUAGAGCGCAUGAAGAAGGUGGUUGAGAUGGAACGUCAGAAAGUCAGACUAAAGUUGUCUAAGAACCUCUUGGAUGGCAAGAUGGGCUCUGAUAAAUCCCCUGCCAAGAGUCCUUCGCCCUCACAGAUGAAAAAGGGAGGCUAAGGGUGCCGUGAACAGAACAAAACAAAAGUCUUGACGCUAGUAUUUUGCCACGUCCUUGGACUUCACGACCCUGAUGUUGAGUAAGUGAUGAAGUGUGCAUGCAGAGUCUGACCAUGAACUCUGUGUGCACUCUACAAACCUAUGUAGUCAAUGACAAGGUCAAGCUCAACGAAACGUCCGUGGCGUGGCAGGCCAAGUGCCUUAAGCAGGCUCAUAUUGGAGACUGUGGUAUUGUGUAAUAUCACGAACAGUACUACUGGUGUUGUUCAUUUCCGUCUGUACGAACCAUUGGGGAGAAGGAGCAAGUCUUGAUGAUCGUGACCGAUGACCGAUGUUCCUGGCGUCUUCCCAGGACAUAUCCUCUGCUUAGUACGAGGAUGGCUACUCACAGGUGAAAUUCAGACAGUGAGCACGGGACUUACUACCCUACCAGGGAUUAAGUAGUACUGUAGAGAAAAGUACGAGGCUUCAAAUGUAU